CUGUUUUGACAUUUGGCGAGUCAAUAUGGCGUUCCCGUCACAGAUGAAAGUCCGCAGUUUUUCGCGGUUAUUUUAACCAACUCCUCGCUGGUUUCAUCUCGAACUUUCCGCGUUACGUUCUCGCGCCCGAGGAGGCUCGGCGCCAAAUUUUCUCUGCGCGCGAGUUUCCGCAAGCGAAUCCCGCGACCAUUCCCCGUGUUGUUUAUUCUUGUUUUUAGUGUCCGAUCCUUGCGGCAGAUAGUGUGUGUUUAGGCAGUGCGUACCGUAUAUUUCUAUACUGCGCGCUGUGUAUACGGAAUUAUUAUUACGUAAUUGUAUUAUUUAAAAAUCUGUCAUCCCUAACGAUUGGCCAGAAUUAUGCUUGCUCAUCAUACGGCGAGCGUUUUCUGUGUCUGACGAAAAACGCUUUCUCGAGAAAGUGUAAACGUUAGAUCGCGCGUUAUUCACGUGACGUUUAUUUUGACACCUAUAGUGGGAGAGAAUUUUUUCAUAUUACACAGCGUAGACGUUAAUUAACUUACUUCAUAUAUCUGAAAUCUUUAUUAAAUUUCUUUCCUUUCUCUAUUUUUUUCUCGCAAAGUACAAAAUCGUGGUAAAAUGCUUGCAGAUUAUUUUUGCACUUUUGUUUCCAAGGUACAAUACUAUAUGAGUAUGUGGAUGAUUGUUAGUGCAUUGUAAGAAGUUCGCAAAGUAAUACAGGGGGAUCGGAAGUUGUUGCUCGGAUGACAGCAGAAAUAUAAGAUGUUUGAGUCUCCGAGAAGUCUCCAGGAGGUUUGCCUUGAUUUUAUCUGUGGUAAUGUGCUAGGCUUGUGCGAGGUACAUCUUGGCGAUACAAGCACACAUUCUCCGAGUACUGUCAGUAAUAAUGUCGCUAAUGAUAUCUGUACACUGAACAGUAAUAGCGCAGAAGUUGCUUUUGAUACUGCAACAGGUAGAACAACAUCUAACGAUGCUCCAACAAACUCUGCAACUCGUCUUACCUUUAGGCAUCCAGAUGCAUUCUUGCCAGCUGAAGUAUCAGAACAGUUAUUAUCCAACUUAUGUGAGAAGAAAACAUUAUCGGAUUUAACAAUUACGCUUUUUGAUUCCAAGACCACCAGAUUAAGACAUGUAAGGCUGAAAGAUGCAUCAACAUUAUCAGCUAAAGGAUUAAGCAUUCUUAAGCAACACAAAGUUGUAAAUUUAAUAGUAAAUGGACUUAAAAUUACUGUUAAUGAUUUAAUUAGCUGUUUAGGUGAUUGGAGUAUACAAAAUCUUAGAUCGUUAAGUGUAGCUAAAGGCAGCUUUAUGGAUUUCUCAAGACAACGCAUGGUAGACAUUGCAACGUUAAACAAAUUGAAAGCACUUCAUACUUUGAACGUCUCAGGAACAGAAUUUAAUAAACAUGGCUUGGAUAUAGUAGUCGAAGAUCUUCCUCUUUUAGAGAACUUAGAUAUAUCUUGUACAAGAGUUGACGAUAUAACGCCGUUAAGAAAAUGUAAAGAUCGUUUAAAAACGUUAAAUAUGUACAAUUUAAAGAUAAGUGGGUGCGGGAAUUUGAUACCAGUAUUACUGGAGUUAAACGAGUUAAGGCAUUUAGACAUUUCUGAAAAAGAAACUCCGAAUGGUUUCGAGGUAUUUGCACCCGCUAAGCCACAGAUAACAGACUUUUUAAAAGCUCUAAAUUGUAUGCCUCAUUUGAUAACUCUAGAUUUAUCAGGAAAAGAUGAUAUAAAUGCAAAUCAUUUAAGAAAGUUUAUUGCGUCACAUGUGCAUUUAAGAUUUCUGGGAUUAGUACAUUCUGACGCUUGUUAUGACGAAAGUUUCGUAGAUUCGACGCAUGAAAAUUAUAGACUUGAGCUUGUUAUCAGUGGUACAGCAACAGAAUCACAAAUUUUGGAAGCCCUUAGAAGGUAUACGUACAGACCGAUAUAUCUUCAAAAGUGUCUGUAUAACUUAUUUCGUUUGACACCAAACUUUCUUGAGCCACGAGUUGAUGUGAUAAAAUUAGUGUUACCUGGAAUGAGAGAGCACCCACAGGAUUUUCGUGUGCAAAUAGCAGCUACCGCUUGCAUCUAUAAUCUCACAAAGGGUGAAUUAGCUCUCAUGAUUCAUCCGUCUAUACUUAAACAAAUAGUUGAAUUAACGUUACUAGCAAUGGAAUCAUAUCCAACUAAUCAUCAACUUCAGAAAAAUACACUACUGAUUCUAUGUAGUGAUAGAAUUUUACAAGAUGUGUCAUUUGACAAGUAUAGAUGUGCAAGAUUAGUUAUGAAUUGCUUGUCGACAUUUGAUGAUCCUUCCACGAAUCGUAUGUCUGUGGCAAUUUGCUCAAUAUUAGCAGCAAAAAUAUCAACUGUGGAAACCUCUAUGCUUGGUGCACAACCACAAUAUAUGUUGAAGUUACUUGCAAUGGUUAGAUCUAAAGUCGAAUCCAAAUUAGUAGAUAUUACAAUGAAAUUUACAUUAAGUGCUUUAUGGAAUCUAACGGAUGAAAGUGCUAUUACAUGCAAAGUGUUUCUUGAUGAAGGUGGAAUGGAAUUAUUUCUUGAAGUACUAGACUGCUUCCAAGGAGAAUCCAGUGUAGAAACUAAGGUACUUGGUCUGCUAAACAAUAUUGCAGAGGUGGUUCAUUUGAGACCACGACUUAUGCAACCUCGCUUUAUAAAAAUGCUUUCUAUGCUACUCGAUUCUGAGCAUAUCGAUGUAUCUUAUUUCGCGGCUGGUAUCGCUGCUCAUCUGCUCAGUGAUGGUCCUCAAGCUUGGUAUAGUAUGCCAUCGCAACCGAGUAGAGAGCAAUUGUUAGAUCAGUUGGUACAUGCUGUAACUCAUUGGCAAACACCACAAGGAGAGAUGGUUGCUUAUCGUAGCUUUCAACCGUUUUUCCCAUUGUUACGUUGUACAGAUGUAUAUCCUGUUCAGCUCUGGGCAGUAUGGGCGAUUCAUCAUGUAUGUACAAAAAAUCCAAAACGUUACUGCGUAAUGUUAAUCAGAGAGGGUGGUGUAGAAACCUUAAAACAACUGGAAAAAACACAUACGGAAUAUACAACACAACCAAAUUUGCAAAUUUUAUGCCAAUCAAUUCUGGAAACUCUCAAGUUAAAUUCUUAACAAAAGCUGUUGUUUUCUAAUUUGAAAGUCAAAUACCGGUAUACUAGUCAAUGUUUACCUUAGUGCAACACAUUCUUAUCCUAUUCUUUAGAACAAAUAAAUAUAUAAAAAUUAUAUGGCCAUGAAAUGUUUAUCACAAAAACAGACUGCAAUCAAAUUCACAAAAAAUAGGUCCAAAAUAUUUUAUAAUUGUGCAAUUGUGAGCUAAUGAAACUAAAAUCAGUAGAUCUGAAUUGAAGAUCUUUUACUUGAAAAAUAUAUAUCUUUCUCUGUUCAACAGAGUGUAUUGUUAUAUGCAGAAUUAACUUUUGGAAAAACAUUCAAAUUAUUUAGCAAGAGAUGUAUGGAAUAAAGUAAUAAAUAUAAUGAAAUUUA